AUAAACCAACGGGGUCUGCCUUUUCUGUACGGAGCUUUGGCCCAGGGUGGGUCGCUUUGAAGGUCGGAGUCAGCACUGGCUUUCCAUGUUGUCACUCCGAGAGCAACGCUUUUAAAAUGACCUUUUGUGAUCGUGUUUGAAAGAUUGUCAAUAUUUGAAAGUCCACUAAAAAUGCGACUAUCCGCCGCAAUCUCAGCAUUCCAGUUGACUUGGCCGAGCUACCAUCUACGUCGUCGACGGUGCAGGUGACAAUUGUUGGCUGACUCUACACUGGUACCUUACUACUAGGUACCGUCGCUAGGUACCGUCCCUACCUUCGGACGUGGAUGGGCGAUCAGCUGCCGCGGCCCGAACAUGUGCCUUGCUUGAACCUCAUCCUCUCCGCCUCACGACGUCGCGAAUGGACGUUCUCCAGCAUUCAGGACAUUGAGCAUCAACAGCCAAUUCAAUAAGCUAUACAACCGAUAUGCAAAUCCCGUGCUGACAUCUAUUGUACUUGGCUUCUUGCUAACAAAAGUAUAGGUUCUAAAUGGUUACGUGUUUGAUGAAUCGCCUUCGUGUUUGCUUGAGACUUUACUUGGCGACUUCGUGGUGUCCCUACGAUUAAUCGAAGAUAGACGCGUGGCUCUGCUGCGCGGGGCCGGUCGCAAUCGAGGGAUAUAGGGCGCACUCCUAACGCUGCUCAAGCGAUUGAGAAUACGGGCCCUGUCCAUUCAUCACUGAAUCUCGAAACACCCAACCACUGAGCGGAUGUUUCUGCAAUAUUACAGGGCUGCGUUGCAAGUGCAAUGCGCUUUUCGAGUGGCCAGUGCCGGUUGCUGUCAUGUGUUUUUUCCUUGCUCUGCGCUGUCCGUUCCCAAGAGCAGCCGAUAUCUGGUCGCCGCGGUUGCGCCUGUCUGCGCAAGUCUAGACGAGCGUCACUUCAUCUCACUGCGUACGGUGUGGCUGAGGGAGCAACGGAGGGUUGUCCAACGCGGCUGUGGAGAUGAUGCGUGGGUGGCUCCUCCGCGCUGGUUCUGCUCAGCUGCCGCAGAAUCUAGGCUGGGAACGACCCGCGCUUGCAAGUCAAAAAAACCAAAGAAGGGGCGCUCGAGUCGAUGCCAACAGAGUAGUCGGCAAAUACAGCUGUCUAAGGUUUUGGUGAGGCACAACACCACGGUUUUGGAGCUGGAUGCGGAGAACAACCCGGUUUAUGUAUGGGCUUCACGGCGUGGACCGGUUUUGUGAGGGCGAAUCUGCCGGCACCGCAACCCUGCUGUCCCACUACAAUGUCGACCUCCGUUGUCAACCCCCGGCGAUUCUGGCACCGGCUCGACUAAUUUACAGCAGGAGCUCUGGGCCGGCGACCGGUGUCGGAUGACAAUCUGUCCUGCCAGCGCUUUCACUUGGCAGAGACUGGGCACAUGCGUGCUUGAGGAAUGACGCUGGGAGAGCCGGUUGUUGAGGUUUUGGCCAGGAGAGAAAGUGGGCGGCGACUUGUAGGAAAUGGCGGAAUGGAGGUUGGCACGGAGCUGGGCGAGGCGCAGGAAGAAUGGCCUUGAUGGCUUGCUUUCUGCUGGGCACUGGCAGCACGGGCAGCCUUGUCGACAGGAAGUAGGAUUAUAACAGAUGCCUAACCUGAUUUAUAUUGUAUGGAUUCCGCCUAUCACGUUU